UAUCAAUCUAUUUCCUUCCCUAUCUUUCUUUUUUUUUUAUUCUUUUUUAUCAUUCUCCUUUCUUCACCUACUUUCAACCGCCAUUGCCAUCACAAGUCUCAACCAAAAGCAUUUCAACUUCAUUUGUGCAUCUCAUUCCUGUUGUACAUUUGAUCUUUUUAUAAUCUUGUAACAUACUCCUACUUUCAUUCAACUGAUCCUCAACAUCAUCCCUCUUACCCGAUGGCAACUUCAGAUCCUCUUCCUUCCUCUCCCUCAGCUCAUUCCCCCAACAACACUUCUCGCACGGUACCAUUGACAGAACUACCAGAAACGAGUCAGAUCAUCCUCAGUAAUAAGCCCAGACUUAUCAAUGUCACUCAUCAGAUCCCAUAUACCGGCACCCUCGUCCCUCGCAAUUCAUCGUCCUCCUUCAAUGCAUCCCCUGCGGCUGCUACUGCUACUUCUUCAGGAACAGAACCGAUCACAGGAUCAGGAUCGGAAUCUGGAUUAGGACUAGGACCAUCCAUAGCCAAUAGGCGUGCCUCAUCUAUUACAUCGCUAACCUCACGCCAAAGCGGGGAAGUAGAGGUAGAAUGGGUCUUUCAACAACGGCGUGGCCACUCAGCUUUGUACUCUGGAAUCCAAUCACUCCGUCAGGAACUAGAUACUAUCCAGAUCGGCUGGGUUGGUGAGCUAGCUGAUCAAGACGGAUAUGUCAUUCCCUGCAAGAACUUGACAGAGUCACACAAACAAACCUUGAAGGACUUGUUCUGGGACAAGGAAAAGGUCGUACCCAUCUUUUUGGACGAUAGCCGUGCCAUGGGCCAUUACGAAGGAUAUUGCAAAUCAGUUCUUUGGCCAUUGUUUCACUAUAUCUUAUGGAACCAAGCGACAAACGGCAGGACCGAAAAGAGAAACUGGGAUGAUUAUGUGUUUGUGAACCAACAAUUUGCGGACACCAUUGUUGAGCAAUAUCAACAAGGCGAUAUCAUUUGGAUUCAUGACUAUCACCUUCUCUUGGUCCCACAUAUGGUUCGCCAAAAGCUUCCGGGUGCAGCAAUCAGUGUCUUUAUCCAUGCACCAUUCCCAUCUUCCGAGAUCUUUAGAUGUCUACCAAAGCGCGUUGAGAUCCUGAAUGGUCUCUUGGGAGCAAAUCAAAUCGGUUUUCAGACAUAUGCCUAUGCCAGACAUUUCAUUAGCUGUUGUACACGUGUUAAUGGGUAUGAAUCAACACCACGCGGUGUUGAUGCGAUGGGCUCCACUGUGUGGGUAGGAACAUUCCCAAUUGGCAUUGAUGCCGAAAGAGUCGAACGUCAGUGCAAAUCAUCAGGCGUCCUACCAAAGAUGGAUGCUAUCCGCAAGACCUAUAAAGGAACACGCAUUAUUGUCGGGCGAGACAAAUUGGAUCUUGUGAAGGGCGUUCAACAGAAAUUGCAGGCAUUUGAAAAAUUCUUGAGUGACUAUCCGGAAUUACAUGGUCAGGUGGUUCUGAUUCAGGUCACAUCUCCCCCAUUGGUGGAAAAUCCAAAACUGGAAGCCAAGGUUGCAGAAAUGGUUGCUCACAUCAACGGAACUUAUGGAUCUCUCAACUUUACGCCUGUACACCACUACCAUCAACACAUUGAUCGGGAUGAAUAUUAUGCUCUACUAUCUGUUGCAGAUAUCGGCUUGAUCACUUCUGUGAGAGACGGCAUGAAUACGACCUCAUUGGAGUACAUCAUGUGCCAAUCAGAAAACCAUGGACCUCUUAUUUUGAGUGAAUUUACUGGAACAGCUGGUAGUUUGAGUGGCGCUAUGCUGGUCAACCCAUGGGAUUACCAAGGAGUGGCCAAAACAAUUUAUGAUGCUUUGAAUCUAAGCGAAGAGGACAAACGUGAUCGUCAUGCCCAACUCCACAAGCAUGUUCUCCGUCACACUGCUCAGUUUUGGGCUAAAAGCUUUAUCGAGGAAUUGACAUUGCAUGCAUCUACCUGGGAUCAGUCUACCCCGACUCCAUAUCUUGAUCACGAUAAUAUUAUUGAUCAAUACCACAAGGCCAAGAAGCGUCUUCUCAUGUUUGACUAUGAUGGAACAUUGACACCCAUUAGAAAAACACCGGGUGCAGCGGUUCCUCAGGAACAUAUGCUGAAGGCCUUAUCAGCGCUUGCAGCUGACCCCAAGAAUAUAGUUUGGAUCAUCUCUGGUCGAGAUCAGCAAGUUUUGGAGGAAUGGCUAGGUCAUGUAGAAGGCUUGGGCUUCAGUGCCGAGCAUGGGUCGUUCAUGAGACAACCAGGAAGCACAAAAUGGUCCAAUCUGACAGAGACAUUGGAUAUGAGCUGGAAGAAUGAUGUGACUGAGAUUUUUGCAUAUUACACAGAGCGUACUCAAGGGUCCUUUAUCGAGCAUAAGCGAUCCUCAAUAACGUGGCACUAUCGCAUGGCCGAUCCGGAAUUUGGGGCUUUCCAGGCUAAAGAGUGUCAGAACCAUCUCGAGAAUGCAGUCCUCUCCAAGCUGCCCGUGGAGAUUCUUGUAGGCAAAAAGAAUCUUGAAGCCCGUCCGACCAUUGUUAACAAAGGAGAGAUUGUCAAAAGACUGCUGAGCCAGCAUCCGGAUGUCGAGUUUGUAUUGUGUGCUGGAGAUGAUAAAACAGAUGAAGACAUGUUUAGAGCUAUGGCCGGAAGUAAUAAUGCACACAACAGUCGGAAAGAUUCAAGCACAGUCAUUGAAUCCUACAAGGAGACCCAUGCUACAGAGACGGAGGCCAAGUCGAGCGAGGUUACGAAUGAUUCCUUUGUGAGCCAGGAUGGAUCCAAAAUGGCCACUACCUCUGAUGAUGCAUCUUCUACAUCUUCUGCAUCCUCAAUCAGAACGGAUUCGUCGCUUUCAUCCCAGUCAGCUCUGUCCUCGCAUUCGAACAGUAUCUCUGGACAUUUCUCCAUCACCAUUGGUCAUGCUCUCAAAAAGACGCUCGCUGACUGGCAUGUCACCAGCCCUGAAGAGUUGAUCCGAGUGCUUGGUAUCCUCUCUGGCACUAUAGACAAUUGAUUUCCAUGAUAUUUUUGCAUAAAGUUAAAAAGUAC